AUGUCUAGCCACGCGUAUACCAACUUGCUCCAGCAUUUGCACCGUGCUCAACCAGCUCUUCCGUUGGAGACAAUUCAAUCCGCUUUGGCUUUCCACAUCGCUAACCACAGUCUGGUACCCACUCCUCUUGCCGCGACUGCUAUUACCUCCCCCUUGUUUCUCUCUUAUCCAUUUACCUUAUCCCGUCUACAAACACUCUCAAAUUCCUUCCGGCAUGCUAUUCAUCUCAAAUUCACAUUACUCUCCGGACCCAGGUUUACCUUCUUUGAACGCAGUAUUUCCGCCCAUCUAGCUCAAUGGACGAAAGAAUUAAUAAAGGGACUACAAGGCGGCAACCCUCUACUUCGACUUGCCGCAGCGAGUGGUAUCCUCCUGGGUUUGGAGGACCUACGAACGCAAGCUAAAGCCAACAGCCUUGAUGUUGAUUCGAACAGCAGUGAUCUAGCAAGCCAAGAUCCGGUUCCGAAUGCCACCAGAGCCAAAGUGGAAGACGAGGUUGUCAUCGCUUUUGCUGAAGUCAUGGAUCAGGAAGGUGUCGGUCGCGAGUGGGAGAGCGAAUUCCAGCAAAUAGCUCUUUUGAGCAAUUCUGUUCCAGAUGCUCCAGCAGAUCAAAUUCCAUCUCCGUCCAUUUCUCUUCCUACACUCUCCCUUAUCCUUGCUGCACAAUCUCUUCCACUCGUCGCUUCAUCGAAGCUCAAAGCACUUCCCCUUACUGCGCUUUCACAGAUUUUGACGUCAUGUAUUACAGAGGCGUUCAAUGAAGGUGACUUUCUGCACCAGACCACAGCUUCGGAAACACUCCAACCCUAUAUUGCUUCCCUUAGUCGUCUAGAGGCACUCGUGCUUUCUCUCUCACUAAGCUCUCGUCCUCGAGAAGGGCUGUCUUCAUCCCAAGAGACUCUGAAUCGUUUGCAGGAAAUAGCAGUCCAGGUUGUGGGAGUCAUACCACAAUUAUUGUCGGUAAACAUCCCAUCAGCCACGAUGGCAGUAAGCCCGUCUUCUGGACCCUGGAUUACGCUCAAGACCCUGCUGUUCUCCAUAAUCAUGAUAUCUGACUCUGUCCUCUCCGCAUGUCUCUAUAUUCCACCUACUGACUACCGUCUCUCACCCACGUCGUCCUUAUCAUCUCCUGCUUCCCUCUCACUAACUACCCUUCUCACCCUCUUCCGUCUAUCUUUUGUUGUCUCGCAAUUCGGCGGUAUAUCAUCGAUGGGGGGCGGAGAGGAAGCAUCGUUCAAGGAGAUGCGCAAGGCUGCUUAUUUGGCUCUAGAUAUACUCGCUAGCGGGCCUGAAGAUGUAUCAGAGCGGUUCAUAGACGAGCUGAUGGCGCAUCGUGUAUCAGUAUACCCUGGGUCCCAGGAGUUGGGGCAUCCACAGACCAUAGUGGAAAAGGGAUUGAAGCCUCCGGUUGAACAGAUUAUUGAAUUAGCGAAGAUUUCUUUCGCUUUAUCAUGUAUUGAACAACUUGUUCCCGUUCUUAGCAUCAAGUAUCUCAAAGGACCUGUAUGGAACCUCGUAGAGCCAAACCUCGAUCUGCGUCAUUCGCCACCCGGAACGUCUGAAGCAUCCUCUUCCAGUCCAAACUAUACGACACAGCAACUCAUGGAUCAAUUGAUGCGGGAGACGUUCGAGUCGGCACAUUCGGUGGUCUUGGCUAUACUCGCAGCGAAUGCGACAAAUGCUGAUCUCAAGGGCCCAGGAGUUUCGGGAUCGAAUGAUGGGAAAGGCAAAGCUCGGGAGGAGGAAGAUCUAUCGUUGUCAGAUUUCUGUACCCGACUAGUACCGUUUUACUCAAGAUGCUUAAUUCAGAAUUCAGCUGAAGGCAAACUGUCUACCUCGCAAUUGCGGAUCGCGUAUGCGGCACUCGUUCGAUCGGCCUGUAGUUCUGUUUCCCCUACAAGAUACGAAAGCGAUGAACUAUCUCAAUACACUCUCGCUUGGUACUGUAUCUCAAAACUACUCAGUGCCAUACAAAACCUUGGAAACGACAUUCCGGACCUCGAGCAGAAACAUCGUCUCCAUAUCACCUUCAUUGCAUGCGUCUCAGCCCUCCCGUUAUCCCUUCUCGGUCGCUUUUUUGAAGAAAUCGACGGUGUUUUGCGGGUCGACAGAGAAAGUAAAAACUCGGAAGAUAUGGCAGCCUUAACGAUGCAAGAUCAAAACCGAACAGAACUGAUACAGGCAUUGUAUCGGGAGUUAUCACAGAUGGUUGGUGAUAGAGAAAAAGAAUAUGUUUUGCGAUGGUGGUCUGCGUUUGCGGCGGAGAAUACCAUUGCUCCAAACAGAAGAACGAUCUCGAAGUUGUGA